AUGACCACGACCAUGGUCGGAAGGGGUUACACGCGCAACAUUAAUCUAAACCUUUGCGCGCGCGGAAACGGCCGCCCAGCGUUGGGGUCUCGGGUUUUACGGGAUGAUGUCUGUCGGCGGCGGUAUAUACGGCGCGCUUUGUCGUCGUCGAGGGUUGCGCGCGCGCGCCUAAAACGCACAACGUCGUCGGGUGGGCACGCGCGCGCGGCCGCUCUCCCGGUCGGGUUGACGGUGACGGUUGGUGGUUCGGGUGUGCCGGGCGGGGUGGAGUGGACUCCCGUUUUCGCCCGGCCACCACCGUCACCGCCGCUGCCGGCAAGCGGGGGCCGCAAGCAGCCGGAGCAGAGCGUUCCCAGUGGCGGCGGCGGCGGCCGUACAAUAACAAUAUAA